AUGACCGCUCUCCAUGCCCACUUUCACCUACGCAACCAGCAGGCCUUCCAGCGCCUGCUGGACCCCACCCGGAGUCAGCGCGACCCCGGCGGUCUCAGCACCAGCGGAGGCAAGUCCUGGUCGCGCCCCAGCCCGCUGAGUUCUGCGCCAUAUGUCGACGUCAACGCGAAAGACCACCUUGGUAGGACUGUCCUUCACCUCGCGGCCUCGUCCCAGGAUGCGUCCGCCCCGGAGUUUGUCCGCCUGCUUCUCGCGCAUCCUACAAUCAACGUCAAUAUCGCCGACGCAGAGAGUCAUUGGACCCCGCUCCACCGUGCGCUCUAUCACGGAAACCUCGCGACAGCCCAGCUGUUGCUCCAGCGGCUGGAUAUCGAUACUACUCUCCGGGACAUUGAAGGAUACACGCCGUUCGACUUGUACAACUCUACCGUCGAGGGUACAGUGCCAGACCAUGAUACGCUGCGAGGUCAAGAGCUUUACACUUGGGGAUCCAACAGAAACGCCGCGCUUGGAGUAGGAGACGGAGACGACAGAGCUAUCCCCGAGUUGGUCUCCUUGCGCGUGUCCCCUGUUCCGCAGACGGAAAGCCUCAAUGCUCGCUUCACCCCCAUCCGCGUCCGUCAAGUUGCCAUGUCAAGACUGCAUACAGUCAUCGUGACGGACGAGCCUCGCGGAAAUCUACGUGUUUGUGGAUUUGGCAGCGGUGGUCGUCUGGGUCCAGGCCAACACACCCAAUACACACCAGUCCCUCUUCCCGGCUUCAACCUUGCCGUCGAGUCUGUUGCGGUUGGCCAGGACCACACUCUUAUCCUCACGAAGAACGGCGAGGUCCAUAGUUGGGGCCUCAAUCGCUUCUCUCAGCUCGGUUACAUCGUCGAGCCGGCGGCUAGCGGUCGCGCCGAAGAGCCUAUCCAGUCCACUCCAAGGAAGAUUUCGGGCGCAAUACGGAACCAUACGAUUGAAGGUGUCGCCGCAUGUAAGACUGCUUCAGCAUGCUGGACUGGCGACGAGGUCUUCACGUGGGGCACUAACAAUGGGCAGCUAGGGUACGACAGAGUAGCGCAGCCUGUCCAGAUUGCUCCUCGCGUUGUCACGAAGAUCAACAAGCCCGUGCUCUCCGUCUCUAUCACAGACUCGGCUCUUGCCUGCCUUUUGGAGACUCAAGAAGUUAUCUGUCUGUGGAAUGACGGUGACUUCAAAGUCAACUUCCCAGCAUAUUCGUUCCCUUCCGAGUUUGUUGCCUACCGUCCGCCACAGGCAGCGAAUAGAAAUAGCGCUAGCAUCGAGAAGAUUACCAGCUGCGAGGAUACCUUCGCUGCGCUUUCGUCGAGUGGGGAGCUGUUCACCUUCACUUACCCUUCCCCGUCGGACGGCGGUGCGAGCAGGAGCAAGUCGCGGUUCAACGUGCAGCCCCAACGCGUUUGGGCUCUGCGGAAGCAGUUCAGCGCAGUCCGGGACGUCGCACUUGGGGUUGAUGGCUCCAUCAUCAUCUGCACGGAAUCCGGCCACGUUUUUGUGCGUUCGCGCAAUCUCAAGGCUGGUCAGGGGUCCUCUGUCAAGACUUUCAGGUUUCAACGUGUACCCUAUGUCCAGCGCGUUACUCGGGUCUGCGCAAAUGCCACAGGGGCGUUCGCUGCCUUGCGCGAGGAUUUCCACCCUAUGGAGGUCAGAGUGGUCGGCAACCGGCUUCCGCAGGAUUUGGCUAGCGUUCAACCAUACCUGAAGCUUAUCAGCCCUGAUGAGCGUAGCUCGCCAUCGGGUACGUCGGGCACAGUGCUCAGUCCGUCGACUGAGAUCCCUCCCGGGUCGGACGAGGAAGAGGACGAGGAGGACUCAGCAGUACAAAGCGACGUCAAGCAAGUGAAGGCUCUGACUUCCGUCAUUCUCCGGCUCAAAGAGGCCCGUAAGGGCUCCGAUGCCAUUAGUGCCCUUGACUACAACGACUUACCUUACCACGCGGACCUCAUCGUCAACGUACAGUCGAACGGCAUCGAGCUUCCUACUCACCGUGUCAUCCUUGCUGCCCGUUCUUCUGUCCUUGGCGAAGUUCUUUCAGAGACGAAGACAAUCCGUGAUACCAAGUCAAGCGUUGCGAUCCAAGGGCAUGCUAGUAAGGGCGCUAGUCCGAAGCUAGCGAGGGUCACGUUCGCGGGCUGUCAUCCCCUGUCUGUCCUCAUCCUGAUUGUCUACCUGUACUCGGAUGAGCUGCUCGCUGUCUGGGAUCCUCGUAUCUCGCAUGCCAUCCAUCGGCAGCUCGAGCAGCUCAAGGUUAAGCCGCCGCAGCUCAAGGCCGAGCUCCAGGCUCUGUCGUCCCUCCUUGGGCUCAGCGCAUUAUCGGACGUCGUCAAUGCGCCGGUCAAACGGACCCCGAAGUCUAUCCUUUCUGAGGAUAUGCAGAAGCUCUUCUUCCGCACACAGACAGAGGGUGUUGGAGCUCGCGCGCGGCGACCUCUUGCCCCCGACGUCGUCCUGCACUUGGCAGAUCGGGAGGUGUUUUGUCAUUCGGUCGUUCUACGUGCCCGUUCGCCGUUCUUCGCGGCGUUCUUCGACGAUAAGGACUGGACUGCGAAACGCUGGACCCCUGAAGGCACCAUCGUCGUCAAUUUCAAGCACAUGAAAUGGCGCGCUGUCGAGCCGGCACUAAAGUAUCUCUGCGGUGGAGGAGACAAGGAAAUCUUUGACGUGGUCGAAGAUGCGCAUUCUGUGGAUGACCUGAUUGACUACGCGUUCGACGUCAUGGCUGUCGCGAAUGAGCUGCACCUCGAUCGCCUGAUGCUCAUCUGCUCUUGGGUCAUCAUGAAGCGUGUCUGGAUCAACAACGUCUGUGCUGUCCUCACAGAUGCGACUCACUACCAUGCCACUGCCCUUGUCCGGCUUCUCCAGGAGUAUAUCGCGAUCAAUAUGGAAGUCUUCCUCGAGAGCCGUAUGCUAGAGGACCUGACCCCCGACCUCAUCAAGCAACUCUCUGCCUUCGUCCGCACAGCACAAGCCGAGAAGUACCCGCUCUCGCGCUCGAGCAAGAUCGUCGACAAGGCCAUGGAAACAUGGGGCGAGUGGCUGGCGCUUCAGGACAUCCCGCAAACGAUCGUGCCUACGUUUCGCUCUGGAGCGUUCAGAGAUUCCGCGAAGCUGUCUCCUCCGGGGCCGAGCAAGAGGCCGACGAAGCGUUCGGAUACAUCCGCCCCCAACAGCCCAAUGUUGCGACCGACGUUCAGCAACAGGCCCGUCGCGACUGGCAUCCCCGAUGACGAGAUGUUCAUAAUGGAUGAGCCCGAGCCUCCUCCACCCGCCGCGGCACCAACCGGUGUCUCUGCGCCAGGUACGCCGUCCCGCGUGCCGAGCGGAAGCGAAUCCCCCGGUCGCCCAGUUGUUGGCUGGAAACCAAUCACGUCUGCUCCGAAGACCGACAUGAAAGCCAUCAUGGCAGAGGCCUCCACCAAGGCUCCCAUCUCUAGGUCGCAUGCAAUGACGCCUGCUCGUCCUAUGGAGCAUGGUCUGUCUUCCCGUCCUUAUACAGAGUCUCCAGGGAACAGUGGGCAGGUCCCUCGGGUCUCAUCUGGUUCAUGGAGAGUUCCUCAGCCAGCUACGACAACGCCAGUCAGUGGGUCUCCUGUGGCUCCUUCUGUGAUGGCUUCUCUUGGCAAGAAUGGACGACCACAGGUUCUUGGCGCGCCAUCCGUCUCCGGAGCCCCGAUUGUUGCGGCAGGAGCGUCGAUUACCCCGUGGUCCCAGCCAUCUACACCUCGGAGGCCUGUCGCACCGGGUUUGGGACCUGUGUUCUUGCCGACCAGACAGGCAUCUGCCGCGGCGACAUCCAUUCGUCGUGUCUCAAGUGGCAGCGUAUGGACGCCACCGCCUGUCCAACCCGUUCAGCCCGUGGUCCAGUCCUCCUCUCGUUCUGUCACGUCAUUCGCGGCUAUCCAGCUUUCUCAGGCCGAACAAGAUGCCCCAGCCUCCAAGGACAAGCGCUCCUUGGUAGAGAUUCAGGAGGAAGAGCGUGCACGCCAGGUUGAGGAGGACUUCCUUCGCUGGUGGGCUGCCGAGGAGGAACGAUUGAAGGAAGAACAGGCCGUUACGGCCGCACUCCUUGAGGAACCGCCAAAGAAGCCGAAGAAGUCGAGAGGAGGAGGCCAGAAAGGCAAGGGCCCUGCCAUCCAGUCUGUAUCUGGCACUGGUAGUGACAGCCAGGUGCAGCAGCCCCAGAAGGGCGGCAAGGGCGGCCACCCUGGAGGAGAUGGUGCGCAGAAGCGGCAACGCGAGAAGGCGACAGGACAUGGUGCGAGCCAUGGACCAAGCCAACCUCAGGCUGGCGCGAUUGCUCAGAGUCAACGUGGUCAGUCUCAUGGCCAGGGCCAAGGCGUGAAGUCGCGCAAACGACAUCCUGCUCGAUCGUCGGGUGUCGCCCGGGACGAUCAACGCCUACCGGACGCACAACAAGCUAUGACAUGA